CCUCCUCCGGGUGGAUAUUCAUCCUUCGACUCGGUCGCGGACAUUAACCGCGGAGGACGUCGACUCCCUCGGAUCUGUUCAGCAGCGGAGCGCCGACUCGCUCCGCCGGGACUCACCGUAUUCGUGUCCGGCCGCGGAGGCUUCUUCACUCGUCCUGUCUCGUCGAAAUCAGCAUUUCACGGGUGCUCGGGAUUUCAAUUGCGGCUGACUCGGAACCGCUGCGGUCCGGAGGGUUUCCAGCUAGAGAGCUGCCGGAGGAGGCGAGCAGCUUCGGCCCGGAGGAGGGUUCCAAGACGGUCUGGACACAAAGGUUCUGCAGGCCCUCUGUGGGGACACAAAGAUUCAGGGAGGCAGACGAACCUCACCAGGACAAAGGAGGAGGCGGUGGAGGGCUGUGGGCCGGCGCCAGGCAGAAGUGGGGGGAGAGAGAGUGGAAGAUUUGAAAGGAAGGAUUUACUGUUGGGGGUGUACCUCCCCCCUUUGUAGGUGCUCGCUAUUGUUCGCCCUGCGCUAGCGGAUCGCACAGGAAUGCGUAGUGAGGGGAGUUGGGGUGCCCACUGUGGGCCGAACCUCAGACCCCCUAGGACUUGUGGGCUUCUGCUGGCCUUCCUGCUGGCCGGACUCUAUUGGUGCCCCCCCACCACUGCAGAUGUGGAGGUGGAUGUGCUGGAAGCUUCCAUGACUUCCUCCUUCCUCACCAACUUCCAGGAAGUGACAGAAGAUCUGCAAGCCAAGCAGGAUGCGGCGGUGACUCAGCAGAAUUUGGAUGCUGGGCAUCCAUCCUUCUCGGACUCGUCCGCUGUGGUGGGCCGAAUCUUCCAGAUGGAGGUGCCUAACAGACUUAGAGAUGUUGGAGUGGGAGACGUCCUCAUGAUCUCCGAGAUGGGCCGGGACGAACUGCCUGGUUGGUUGCAUUGGGACACAGGGAGCAGGACCCUGCGGGGUCUCCCCCUGGAGGAGGACAAGGGCGUUCACUACAUUGCAGCUUCUGUGACCAACAGCAGCACAACCUUUUCAGACGUCUUCUCCAUUGAGGUCCACCCUGAAGAUCACCUGGACAUGGAUUCUUCUCAGCUCCCGUCGGGCCGAGUGCCUGCAGAUGUCGCGGCGUUCACGUGUGCGAACGAGGAGCCGGUGACGUUGCUGACCGUGAUCUUGGACGCAGACUUAACCAAGAUGAGUUCCCAGCAGCGUGUGGACCUGCUGUGGCGCAUGAGGGGCUUCUCCGGGGUGGACGUCCAAGACAUGAAGAUGCUCCCAGUGGUCAACAACCGGCUGUUCGACAUGUCCGCAUUCAUGGCCGGACCCGGCAAUGCCAAGAAGGUGGUGGAGAACGGUGCUCUGCUCUCCUGGAAACUGGGCUGCUCACUGGACCAAACCUCGGUGCCCAACAUCAACAAUGUGCAGGGCCCUGCCAAAGAAGGCACCAUGUCAGCCAGGCUGGGAUUCCCUGUGGUGGGCUGGCACAUUGCCAACAAGAAACCCCACGUUCCAAAGAGAGUCCGGCGCCAGCUCAACAAUACACCCACCCCAGUGCUGGCUGUCCUACCUCCAACCACCAUCGUGGAGCCUCCAGUGAGGAUCAUCCCAACGCUCUCCUCUCCUUCUAUUGCAGCGCCAACUGAAAGUGCUGCCCCCCCGGUGCGCGGACCUGUGCCCCUCCCUGGCAAGCCCACCAUCAGGUUUCGUGAUUCGUUUGCCCACACGCCAACUUUGGGACCUCCUCCACCUAGCAGGGUGAUAGAGUCUACCAGCACUGUGCCUAUCCAGCCUAGCCUGACCAGACCCAUAUAUGUGGAGGCAACUGCUACCCCUCCAACACCCACUAGAAAACCCACCAAGAGACCCAAGAAGCCGAAAACAACACCCCUAACUAGAGAGCCCAAAAUCUCCACAACUAAACCACCCAGAGCGACCACACCUCCACCUGACGUUGUGUUGGACCCGUACAACGAGAGCCCAGUUUUGAACAACCCCAUCGACCAGGUUAAUGCUCUGGUCGGAACCUACUUCGAGGUGAAGAUCCCCUCUGACACUUUCUUUGAUAAAGAGGAUGGAACUACUGACAAACUGCGUCUCACUUUGAGGCAAAACCACAAGGAGGUUGUGGGCGACUCUUCUUGGAUCCAAUUCAACACCACCAGCCAGCUUCUGUAUGGACUCCCCGACGUCCACCAUGUGGGGAAGCACGAGUACUUCAUGCAGGCCAUGGACAAAGGCGGUCUGAAUGCCAUAGAUGCUUUCGAGGUGAGAGUGAGUCGCUGGCCGACCAAUGACAAAAGCCCUGUGCUCUUAAGGGCCCGCUUUGACGGAGAGCCACGUUCGGUCACCAACGACAUUCACAAGAAGAUUCAGCUGGUGAAGCGGCUGGCGUACGCUCUGGGUGACCGAAACUGUAGCAGCGUCAGUCUGAGAAACAUCAGCAAAGGUUCCAUCGUGGUUGAGUGGACCAACACGAGCUUGCCGCACCACCCGUGUCCUCGGGAGCAGAUCGUCACCAUGAGCCGGAUGCUUGCAGAUGCUGACGGGAAUCCAUCCCGGUCCUUCAGGCACUCGAUGGAGCCUGAGUUCAGACCCCUGGAUGUGAAGGUGAAAGGUCGUGCCAGCUGCAGGAUGUACUCCUUCAUCCCACCCGCAGAAGUCGACAUCUCACAGCCGGCAGCGGUCACUCCUGCUUUGGGCACGGGGCGCCAGAGUAACGACGACGUGUACCUGCACACCGUGAUCCCUGCGGUCGUGGUGGCGGCCAUCUUGCUGAUUGCGGGUAUCAUUGCGAUGAUCUGCUACAGGAAGAAGAGGAAAGGGAAGCUGACCAUUGAGGACCAGGCCACCUUCAUCAAGAAAGGAGUUCCCAUCAUCUUUGCAGAUGAGCUGGACGACUCAAAGCCGCCGCCGUCCUCCAGCAUGCCGCUGAUCCUUCAGGAGGAGAAGCCCCCACUUCCUCCUCCUGAGUACCCCAACAUGGCCACGCCGGAAACCCAGCCUCUUAACCAGGAAAUGCUGGGAGAGUACACAGCUCUGCGGGAUGAGGACCCAAACGCUCCUCCAUACCAGCCACCACCCCCAUUCUCCACACCCAUGGAGGGCAAGGGGUCGCGGCCUAAGAACAUGACCCCAUACAGAUCCCCACCGCCUUAUGUGCCCCCCUAAGACUGGUACCGCCCUCUGCUGGGCGGAAAGGGAGGAACAGUUGAGGACAUUGAGGACGACGGUGCUAAAGUAAAAAAACUACAACAGGGACUCUGGUCUGGGGACUUGCGGGCGGGUUUUACAGUUGAAGAGCGGGAUGGAGCCCACCACCACAGCGGCCUAAGACUUUCUCUUGUCACUUCGUCAUCCGGUGGACGAGUGAGAUCUGUUUCUGUUUUCUCUUCAUGCUUUCUUUUCAAAUUAGAGACGGAGUUUUAUUUUUUCAUCUUUUUAAGAAAUUUGAAUGAUGAAGCACAAAAGCUGUGUGUGUGUGUGUGUGCGCGCGCGUGUGUGCUGCCCUCCUGCUGGUGCCACUGUCCGCUGACCCCUUUGGAAAAUCACACUACUGUUUUUAAUGAAGCUAAACUGCUGUUUUUUUUCACCAAAUAGUUGAUGGUGUGUUUUUGUAGCUCUGGUGUGCGUGAGUAGGAAGUCGAUUGUUUUUCGAUGUGGCGAGGGGGCGUGGACAAGGACACUCUGUUGGGGGGCGUGGACUAACACUAACUUCCCUAACUCACACACAUACACACACCUGCUUUCUUUUGUAUGUCACCACAGACUUUAUUUCGGUCCGCCCGGAGUGUUUUUGCAAUAAAGUUGGGGGCUUUUUCUGCCACGAGUGUGUUCUUAAUAAAGUGCUACAAACCAA